GGAGCCAAACACUCGUUGCAAUAGAAGCCGCGGGUUUGCCUCUGCGUGCCUAGCGAAUUAGCGAAUGCUAAAAUUUGUAUUUGCGAGCUAGUCAGUUACUGCAUGAUGAUGAUACACUUUUGAAUUACAAAGUGACAGGUAUAUAACUCACAAUGAAUCUUGAUAGACUUCGAAAACGUGUACGGCACUACAUUGAUCAGCAACAAUAUCAGAGUGCUCUAUUUUGGGCGGACAAGAUAGCAUCCCUUUCCCAUGAAGACCCACAGGACAUCUACUGGCUUGCACAGUGCCUUUACCUCACCUCACAGUACCACAGAGCCUCCCAUGCCCUACGCUCACGCAAACUAGACAAGUUGUAUGGUGCUUGUCAAUAUCUAGCUGCUAGGUGCCAUUAUGCUGCCAAAGAGUUUCAGCAGGCCCUGGACAUACUGGACAUGGAGGAGCCUGCCUGUAAGAAGCUGCUGGACCGCAGUGGGAAGGAGGACAAAAGCGUUCGAGAGUCAGGAAAAGACUGGGAGAUGUCUACUGCCUCUAUAAACAGCUCAAUAUGUCUCCUGCGAGGGAAAAUCUAUGAUGCCAUGGACAACCGGUUGCUGGCCACCUCCAGCUACAAAGAGGCCUUGAAGCUGGAUGUGUACUGCUUUGAAGCCUUUGACCUUCUCACGUCCCACCACAUGCUGACUGCCCAGGAGGAAAAAGACUUCCUGGAUGCUCUUCCUCUGAGUCAACAGUGCAACGAGGAGGAAGAGGAACUGCUUCACUUCCUCUUUGAAAACAAGUUAAAGAAGUACAACAAGCCUAGUGACAUGGUGGUCCCAGACAUGGUCCACGGUCUCCAGGACAACCUGGACGUGGUCGUCUCGCUGGCUGAGAGGCAUUACUACAACUGCGACUUCAAGAUGUGCUACAAACUCACGUCUAUGGUGAUGGUGAAGGAUCCAUUUCAUGCUAACUGUUUACCUGUCCACAUCGGCACUCUGGUCGAGCUCAGUAAGGCCAACGAAUUGUUUUAUCUCUCUCACAAGUUGGUAGACCUGUAUCCCAACAACCCAGUUUCGUGGUUCGCAGUGGGAUGCUACUAUCUGAUGGUCGGCCACAAGAACGAACAUGCACGUAGAUACCUUAGCAAGGCCACCACCCUGGAGCGGACCUACGGUCCAGCCUGGAUCGCCUACGGACACUCGUUUGCCGUGGAGAGUGAACACGACCAGGCCAUGGCGGCCUACUUCACUGCCGCCCAGCUGAUGAAGGGGUGCCACCUGCCCAUGCUGUACAUCGGCCUAGAGUACGGUCUGACCAACAACUCCAAGCUUGCCGAGCGCUUCUUCAGCCAGGCACUCAGCAUCGCCCCCGAGGACCCCUUUGUCAUGCACGAGGUGGCAGUUGUCGCCUUCCAGAAUGGAGACUGGAAAACAGCUGAGAAGUUGUUCCUUGAUGCCAUGGACAAGAUCAAGGCCAUCGGGAAUGAAGUCACAGUAGACAAAUGGGAGCCGCUUCUCAACAACUUGGGACACGUGUGUCGGAAGCUGAAGAAGUACGAGCAGGCCUUGGAGUACCACCGCCAAGCUCUGGUGCUGAUCCCACAGCAUGCCUCUACCUAUUCAGCCAUUGGAUACGUGCACAGCCUCAUGGGAGACUUUGAGAGUGCCAUCGACUACUUUCACACGGCACUCGGACUGAAGAGAGAUGACACAUUCUCUGUGAUGAUGCUUGGCCAUUGUAUUGAGAUGUACAUCGGUGACACGGAUGCCUAUAUAGGUACAGACAUCAAGGACAAGGUUCGAGGGAGCCUGAGCACACCGGCACUGAUCAAGAUGCUGAACACCUCGACAGAACCCGGCGAUGCCCGUGCCACGCCCACACUGGACGACAGCAGCGCCAUGUUAUUCGAAACGCCCCAGUCCAAUCAAGACAAAGCCUCACUGGACACGCCUCUUCGGCGCUCGCUCCCCCUAGAGUGUGACAUGUACGAGAGCGACAUGAUGCUUGAGACCUCCAUGUCCGACACUAGCACAUGAUGACACCCUGUGAAAGGUGUGGCUGAUGUCACGGGGAGCUAGCUGGGACACCUGACUUUGGGACCAGAUCCAAACCAAACCUCUUGGCUCUUCUCCUCCCCAGCAUCCGUUUUGAUUCCCCCUCUAAGCCAUCUAAAAUUACUGGGAUAGUCAAGUGAUGUCAUCGGCUCUCUGGAGAGGUGUAAUAUAGAGAGUAAGAUACAGGGGGAACUCUGUGUAUCAACUCUGUGUAGACCGGUUUGACAAAGACUUGUCUCAGUUGUGAGAUUCAAUAUGCAUGGCCGGAUGGAUGGACAGCGGGACUUACAGUUAUUCGUUGAUUGUGAAUGGGAAGCCUGGAGAGGCGGACGGGGCUUGGUUUGGUUCUGGGUCUAGGGUGAGGAAUGGAGACGUCGUUGAUCCUCCGUUUGUGACUGAACAGAGAGAGUGCUGCAACACUCCCUACAGCGUCUACUAGCAGACUGUCCUCAUACCUAUUGGCCUUGCUAACCUGUGGAUUUUUCAAUAAACAAAACUGUCUCAACGCAAGACUUUGGUGAAAAGAAAUAUCAGUUAAUACAAUAAACCAUAUGUUUA